CGGGACUCUUUCACCGGGCCCGAACCCACAUCGCCAACUUUAUCAACCACACUCGCAUAACCGCCCCUACGAACCGCCACGAUGAAGCACGGUGUACGCUUCUGGAACAAGAAGUUGGGUCGAACCCCUACUCAUAGGCAGGCCCUCCUCAAAAAUCUCCUCACCCAACUUGUUUACCACGAACGCAUAGAAACUACACUGGCAAAGGCCAAAUUCAUCCAGAGGGCUGCUGAUAGGAUGAUAGAGAACGUGAAGCGAGGAACAGACAAGGAUCUGAAGAAGGCGCAGGAUCUGUUAUUCGUCGAUCGAAUUACAUUCCAAAAGUUGCGCGGUCCGCUGGCCGCGCGGUAUGCAGCACGAAAGGGAGGCUACACACGAUUGCACAGAUACGGUUUCCGCGGUCUCGCGUCCGACAGGGCCCCAUUGGCCAUCAUCGAGCUAGUCGACAACCCAAAUGACAUUGUGCACGGCAUGGCACAAAAGCAUCGCCCCUCCAUUCUCGACCAGCUAGAACAAGUACAAAGUCAGUUGUACAAGAAAACCAUCGUGCCGAUCCACGACCCAGUCAGUGGAAACAAAGUAGACAUCGUGCAAUUUGCCGAUAGGCACGACGUAACGGGCAGUCAGAAGUGGAAGCUGAAUGAACGUGAGAAGGCCUUGAGCAAGAGGUUGGCCAAGAUGCAAAAGAGUCUCGCGAGCUACCCGAAGGCCCGCGAAGCAGAAGAGGCGCACAAAGCGCGCGUCCGGGCCGACAGGGAAGCCAGCGUGAAACCCGCCAUCGACAUUCUCUCGGCGCGCUUGAAUGCAGCUAUUGACACGGUGUUCCCCAAAGCGCCCGCAACAGGGGAUGCUACAAAAGACGAGACCACCCGAACACGAGAGGAGCAAAGUAUCGUAAACGAGGAGCGAUCAUGGUUCGAACACUACAUACCGCGCUGCCGGAUUACAAUCGAAAAGGGUGAAGCCCGGAUAGACCUCAACCCCGCAAAAGCGCCCUACGGAAACCGCGAGAUUCAGGAGUACGAGCGGACGCUGGAGAACGUCCAAGCCGUCGAGGCAGAGCUCAACGCGGAGCUCGUCAUAGCUAGAGAGAAGUUGGCGGCUGAUCCCGAUACCGCUCGCAAGCACCUCAAAUCAAGGGAGAAGCUGGCGGCUGAUCUCGAUACCGCUCGCAAGCACAAGACUCGGAUCUCCGAGAUUGAUGUGCACAGCUGCCUGACGAACGGCGUCUGGGUGAUGGAAGAGAUGGGGCAGUUCGAGCUGCGGCCGACGGCAGCUCAGCUGGCCUAUGAGGGCAAGGUUGGCAAUCCUGCCAAUAAGGUUAAGCGGGCGAAGGUGGUGGAUUCUGGGGAGCCGGAAACAUCGAAAGUGAAGGAGAGUAGGCCAUCCCGGAAGUUGGAAGAGAAGGAUGACUCGCAGGAAGGAAAUACUACCUUCUGGAGCGGCAUCAAGCACUACGGCUCUGGGUUUGUGGAAAAGAUUCAUUCCAUCAGCCGUUAGGGGGGAAGGCGGAAAUGAAUUGGGCGUCUGCGGUAGCGUAAAAAUGGUCCCUGUUUCACCCGUACUCUAGACCAUGGGCACAACUAUAUAUAUAUAUACACCAACGGAUCUGACAUACACUUUUCAUAUUCCAACG